AUGGAAAUUGAUAAUUCUAAAAAACAAGACAACAUUACUGAGAAUAUUUUAAAAGAUGAAGGUAAUCCAAAUAAGGAGCCUUCUACUCAACCAAUCGAAAUUGUUGACGAAACUUCACAUCUAGAUAAUAGUCAAGAAGCUCCAGAAUUGGAGAUGAGGGAAGAAGUUAAUGCUUCGCCUAUACAAGGAGAUAGUGAUCUUCAGAUAAUCGAAACAGAUGUUUCUACUAAUGAUCUUUCUUUGGAUGAGCCAAUUCAAAGUACGGAAGAAAUGAAGAAAAUUAUUUUAACUCAAGGGCAAUUGAAACUUUUGGCUACCUCAGAACUUUAUGUUUUUCGGCAAACAGUAAUUGGAGCUUUUGUUCGUGUUAACAUUCCUGGAUUGCCUUCGAAUUAUUCUGAUCGUGUUUUUGUAAGGGGUUUUUUUGAAUUUUUUUAUUUUUUAAUGGGGAAGAAUUGGGGAUACACUUAG